CCUUCGGCAGCACCUCCGACCCCGUCCUGGCAGCUCCUGCGGGGCGCUCCAGCACCUCCGACCCCGUCCCGGCUGCUCCCGCGGAGCUCGGCAGCACCUCCGACCCCGUCCCGGCGGCUCCGGCAGCCUGGAGAAAAACAUCAGGAGGCUGAUGCAGAAGCACCAACUGUUCAUGCUGUUGAGAUGUCCUGUAUUCCACUGUUAAUGGAACCAGCAUGUGCCAGCUCUGAGGUACAGGGAGCUGCAAAAAUGAGGAAUAAUGAUGCUACCUCCAGAUUUUUGGUUCCUCUGUCUGACGAUAAUGAAAGCAAACAGUCAAAAUCUAUUCAAAGAAAGAGAGUGCUUCCAUCUUGGAUGCUGGAAAGAGAUCUUCUGGUGCAGAGGGCUUCCAAACCUGUUAUGACAGGAGGUAGCAGAAAGAAAAAAGGCCAAGGAAGGGGAGAAGGUCAUACAGAGUCAUUCAACUCAGAAGUACAUGUACAGCAGAAAAAAAGAUGGGCUUCUGAAGAAAAUAUAGAGGAUUUUGAAGGUGCAGAGCAAGAUCAAGGGAAAAGGAGCUGCCUUUCUAUCCCUGUUUGUUCAUCUCAGAAUACAUCUGGAUUUCCUCUUGAGACUGUCAUGAGAGAUACAGAAGGAAGUGGCAAGACUGGAACAAAGAACCCUGGAAGUUCUCUGGAAAAAAAUGAUCGGCAGCUGCAGAGCAAAUGGACUAAAAGAGUAGGUCAGAACUCCAGUGAAGAGAACAGAAUUGAGGAAACAGAAACCAAAGAGCACAUUGCUGGUUCUACAAGCCAACAAGCUCACUGGGGCAGGACUUCCCAAUAUCUUGGUGCCCAGGAAGGCGUUCUUGAGCCUGAUGCAAAUCUGGACUGCAGCACUGAGAUUUCUGAUUCAGCCAGAAGUGCAGAUGCUUCAGAAAGCUCCAAAAAGAUGCAGCAUAAGAGGAUACCUUGCAAGUAUGGAAGUAGCUGUUACAGGAAGAAUCCCGUUCACUUCCAGCAGUUCAGUCACCCUGGUGAUGAUGACUAUCACCAGGUGGAGGUGGUGGCUCAGGGUGACAACGACAGCCGGCCUGAGUGUCCCUAUGGAACAGCUUGUUACAGGAAGAACCCCCAGCACAAGGUGGAAUACAAGCACAGUGCACCUCCAGUAACUGGAAGAGGAACACGACAGCCAGCUCCAAGCAAUGGAAAAAGGUCUGUGAAGGACAGUGUCAAUGAUGGUGAAGCCAAUGAAUAUGACCUCAAUGACAGCUUUAUAGACGAUGAGGAGGAGGAGGAGUGUGAACCUACUGAUGAAGACUCGGACUGGGAACCAAGUUCAGAAGAAAAGGAGGACUAAGAUGUUGACACACUUGUACAAGAAACAUGGAGAUUUGUUAGGAUCAAAAAAUAGCUGCUGAGAACGGCCUUACAAAUGUCCAGUGUGGUUGUGUUAAAACACGGUUGCACAAAGGAGAGGAAUUGUUUGAAAUUUUUUUUCUUCAUGAUGUAGGCUACAGGAAGAUAAUAAUGGGGGUGAGGGAAUUCUGCAAAGCCUUUCUUAUCCAUAUAUGUUAUUUUGGGGCUGGUGUGGUGUUUGUUUUAUUUCAUGGACCCAGAGGAGAGAGCUCUGAAAACUUUCGUGGUUUUUUUUUUUUUUUUUUCAACACCAUUGGUAUCUCAUAUUUUGAAAUACAAUUUUAAAGGUUGUUAAAACUUCAUCUUCCUGUGCUUGAAAGAAAUACUGAUAGGAAAGCCUAAGCCAUUUUUAUUAUUGAGUUAGGGCAGUUUUAAACUUCAUUAUUCUGCUUCCAUCUUUUCCAUGUGUUGUUUUGUUGGUUCUCUUGAGGUACAGCAGUUAAAUACAGGUUGUCUAAAUCACUUGAGAACAGGAUCUCAGUGUAUUGAACCACGUGACUGGCUCAACAAGUGUUAUUUGCUUUAAUUACAACAGUUCUUCUUCUGUGUACAUCACUGGAACUGUGUCCAAUCCUCAGCAAAGUCUUGAUGACUGUAUUUUUGCACAAUUAAACUUGUAAUGUACAGUGGAAAAAGC